CUCUCUCUCCAAGAAGUAGAACGGGCUUUUACUUCCCAGGUUCUCUCUCUCUCUAAGAAGAAGAACGAGCUUCUCUCUCUUUCUCUCUCUCUCUCCUCUCAAGUGAUUGAAAAGCUGUUCGGAAACAGAUAAUAAGAGGUAGAACGGCUGGUUCAGAGGUCGAGUCCAGUCUUUUAGAGAAGAUGAAUCCAUUUUAGCAGUCAUAAGCUCCCAUGGAUCCUCCUCAAACAGAACCAGUAAGCUACAUCUGUGGAGAUUGUGGAGUCGAGAAUACGUUGAAGCCUGGGGAUGUGAUUCAAUGCAGAGAAUGUGGUUACCGUAUUCUGUAUAAGAAACGCACCCGUAGAAUUGUUCAAUAUGAGGCUCGUUGAAGCUGUAAUGGAUUGGAAUGUCUACCGGUGAUCUCCAAAUCUAGCUUUCAAUGAUAAUGUCCGUUUUUCGUUUGUAUACAUAACUAUGGAUGAACUGUUUUUCCACAGAGAACUUAAGCCUAGAAAUACUUACUGUCAUUCAUGUAUGGAGCUGACUGAGCAGAUGGUUGUAUAGUAGAGAGUUACAGACUUCUUAAAUUUCUCAGCA